AUGGACCUCAACUUAGAAGAUUUCUCUGAGGGUCGACCAGCUUGUUUUAUAGUUCAGAGCUCACAAAGUCAGGAUUUGCAGCUUGAUAUUCACCAGGACCUCUACAAACACAUUACAUUGAAGGAAGAAACCACCCAGGACUCCCAGGUCGGGUCAAAGGUUGAAUCACAGGAUUUAAAUUCAAGGAGUAAGAUGCCACCUCACACGAUAGAUGGUGCAGUUGUUGCAGCAGGGAAAGGAGGGAAGAAAUCGGGAAAAGGUAGAGCAACUAAGGGAGAAAACAAAACGUCUUCAACUGGAAAUAGGGGGCGUACCAAUCAACCAACUACUAGUCAGUCUGGCGCCUCAGGUAGAGAGGGCCAAGAAGGAGGGAGUGGGGGUGGGGGUGACCCACCACAAGAACCCCCCAAACCUCCAAACGAUUCACCCGAAGAGGAAGAAAAGGAGGAAACACCACCAAGUGAAGAUACUCCACCUAGCUCUGAAGAUAGUAAGAAGUCUCUGCCAGAGCUUGUACCCCCUGAGAAGGCUGGCAAAAGAGAAUUAAGUGCUAGGGGUGAAACUACAGGGAGCUCUACUGCUGUAAGUGGGGAACAGAAAACUGAUCCAGGGCCAGAUCUACAUGUAAUACAAACAGCAAGCAGUGAAAGUGAGUCUGCAGGAAUCAGUGAUGCACUUACAGCUGUAGUUAGUGACACAGAUCAUAGAGGGCAGGAUAUUACUAAAAGGUCUAGUCAUGAAGGAGAAGGGUACUCCCACACCCAAGAUGCGUCAUCCCCGAGUCCUGGAGACGUCACCACUAGUCCCCUUAGUUCAUUUACAAGUUCCUCAAGCUCUGAGAAAGCAUCCCCCAGGAAGAGAACAUUGCCACGUAUCCGCAGCAUGGGAAGUGCCGAUCAAAUGGAAUACAAGGACAAACAUGGCAGUAGUCAAGGCAGUGGAUACAUCUCUUCCAUGAACAGAUCCCAUGAGACGUCAAAUAAUACAUCAUCUAGUAGCUCAAGGGGACCUAAAUCAACAGACACAUCUGGAGAGAAACACUUGGACACAUCAACAGAGACUAACCCCUGUGAUGAUGCAGUACUAGGGGGUCAACAUAGAGGGCUCUCACAGCCAGAUCCAUUCACAGCUAGCCAAACUGAUGAUCUGGUGACAUCCACUCCAGCUGAACACAUUGGCUCCCUUCAAUUCUCCCAGGAGGCUAUGUUAGUCCCAGAAACAUGCACAGACAGUGACAAUGGUGAUUUCCUGCCCCCUUCUCCAGAGGCAUAUGGUCCAACCCCAAUUAUCAUUCCAAGCUCACCCACCCAAGGUGAUGACCUUGAAAAGACAGAAAUCCUGCAUGAACAUGAUGAUACUGCUGAAGAUGAACCUAUAGAGGAAGAGCAUACAAAAACACCAUCUGUAGUGUCUGAGAGGAAAACAUCAAGCGAUUCUUCUGGGGAAACUUUGAAGAAUGAGAAGUGGUAUGCGAGACAAAGGCGCAAAAAGCCCCAGAUAUCCACCGAGACUAUUGAAUCUGAUACAACACGAGACUCGACCAGUAGACCAACAUCUAAUCAGUUUCAGGAGUGGCAGUCAGUUGCCAGCUUUGACCUUGACAAUGCCUCCCUCCCACCUAGCUCGAUACCCCGCCAGUCAACAUCAGUUAGUUCACAGAAAUCCCCGCCUCCACAACUUAACAUAGGCCCUAUUGAACACUCAAAAGACUCCUCCAAAUCUACAAAACAGACAUCGUUGCAAUCAAAAACUUUGAAAUCCAGAGUCGAACCCACUUCUCAGCCUGUAGGAAAGAAAACUUCAGAUGAGCAAGAAUAUACUGAUUCAGUGAUUGUGCUUGAUUCGGAGACUGUAGAGCCAUCGCAGGGAGAUGACUUCCUGUUACGUCUCUCACCUUCACAGAGUCAAAGCACUCAGUUUUUCAUAGGGCGAGGGAAGAACAGUGAUGAUGGGGAUAUUGAGGAGAAAAAGGUUGAUGAUGGGGUUAUUCAUUCCAACGAUGGGAGCCCAAACAAUGAUGUUCAGCAUUGUGAAAAGGACAACAGAAAUGUCAAAGACACUCAAAAAGCACAGAGCAAAGAUAUUCAGGAUGUUGAAUUGAGAACAGACAGUCAUAAAGGUGAAUUAACAGAUAUCGAAAAACAGAAGAAUCCAGUUGACAGUGGAGAAAGUCUAGGAAGAACAAAACAUUCAGAGACUACUUCUGUUGCUGUAGAAAGGUCUAAGCCACAAGUGGCCCCAUCACUUACCAUAGAUAUGAUAGAGUCCCAGUCUCAAGACCCACAGCCUGUAGGGCCAGAAAUGUUCAACAUUGAUAUACCAGAAGUUGCACCAGAACGACUAGAGGGUGAUAUUUCUUCAACUCCAAAAGAUGUUACCAGAGAACCAGAUGUCACUAUGGAUGCCAUUGAUAAAGCAACAGAUGUGGCUACCAAGACAGCUGGGGUUGCCUUGACAACAAAACCUGGACGUGUAAGGGGCAAACGUAAAGCAAAUACGAACACUUCAGAUAGCAAUGAUCCAUUUGGUACAAUGCCUCAGCCAAAGAAGACUAGAGCCAAGAAGGCUCAACCUGAAGAACCAAUUGGAGUUGAACCUGGUGAUAACAAGAAUCCCAAAUCAAAGGCAGACUCUGAGGAUGAGAAAUCAAAAGAAAACAUUUGUGAACUUGAUAGAUCUAAUGAUAAUGCUCCUAAAGAUGGUGAAGAAUUUAUAACAUUAGAUAUCCCCUCAGCUGAGGAAGCGAACUCAAAGAGUGCCCCUGUUUCUGUUCAAAAUGUUGAUAGAAACAUUAUAUUGAAUAACAAUGAUCAAACUCCUGCUGACCCUCAAAGUGAUAAAUUUGAUAACAAGGCUACUGAAUAUAUUGAAAGUGUGGACACAACAACUGCUGGAAAACAAGAGGAUGGCACAACUAAGCCAACAAGAGCAAUAAGGAGAGGGAGACCGACAAAAAAUGUGACAUCUAGUGGUAAAAAAGACACCAGAAAACUGAAACUUGGGAAAAGCAGGUCAACUAAGAGAGCCUUAUCAAAGUCUAGCUCUGAUUCAGAUUUAGAAAGCACCAUUUCAAAAUCAGAGUCAACCAGUUCAAAGUCACAAAAAUCUGCAUCUAAAUCUCAAAGAUCAACUCCAAAAUUGCAAAGAUCAAAAUCAAGGACACGGAAAUUACAAAAAAAUCCAAAUGGAAAAGAUGACUCGAAAUCAGUUAAAAACAAAUCUGAUUCUGUGAACUUUACAAGUAUAAAGGAUAUAGCUGAUGAAUCUGCUGAGAAGGGUGCGGAUAAUGCUGCUGUUGAUAAAGACAGUCAGGCAACACAGAGCUAUGACAUACAAGAGGACCCUUAUGAGUUUCAUGGGACCCAAUCACAGAAAGAGAAGCAGUCACAUGAUCAACUUCACACCACCGGAGAAGCAAAGAAGACAUCAACAAUGCAAGUUGAAAGAAGUGAUACAGUAUUGCUGCCUAACGUUGGAGGUCCCCCAAGUAAAGCAUCUACUAGCUACAAAGGUCAACCUCCUUCAGCUGCAACAAGCAAGACAUUAGAAACUAAAAAAUCUGAUGAGAAAGAUCUAUCCAAAGAGAUAGCAAGCGUUGAGGAAUAUGAGGAGGUUUUAAUCAUCACCAAGACAACACACAGACUUGUCACCAAGACAACGUUCAAAGAUGGAUCAGAGAAGAAAGUUGUACAAGAAAAGAAGAAAACUCGAGUAGAGACAGUUGAGAGAUUGAGUCCUCCGAGCUCUGUGGAACCAUCUCCUUCUCGUACGACAGCCUCUCUUUCAUCUGGCGACCUUGGUGAUAUCAGUUCUUUCUCGUCUCAUCAAAGUAUGGGUCGUAGUAUUUCAUCCGGUGCAAUGUCAUUGAGUAAAACCACUAGUUCUUCUAGUAUGGGGGGCUCAAAGUCUUCAAACAACUCACCCGAAGGACUCGCAAGGCAAACAAGUUUGGAAAAAGGAAAGACAUUACAGAGGUCACCACCAGGUGGAGUUCAAGGACAAGUGGAUAAACCAGUUGCCAUGGAGACUCAACCUUCGGUGCAAAUUAUUGAAAACUUGAAAACCCCUUCACCAUCCAGACCAGGUGAUAGAAGUGAACAGAGAGAUGAGGCUGUGAGGCAAUCCGAAUCUUUAUUUAGUUCACCUAGUCUCGGUGAACAUCAAAUCACGAGUGAAAAGUCAGGACGGUCUAGUGGAGAAAAAUCAGUACAAUCUCUACAUUCAAUAAACCCAUCCGAAUCCCUCUUUACAAGCCCUGAGCUAGAGAAAACAGUUUCUAUAAGUGAUGAUGCUCUGUUUAUGAAACCAAAGGAUAGUCAUGUUCUGAAGCGUCGUAGUAGCAGUGGAAGUCGUAGAAGUACCACAAGUACUACAAGUUCAAGUACUGACCCUAAUAUGACGUUGAAGAACUUAACGCAACCUGACCCCCCACCGAGACUAAACACCUCAACCAGCUCUAGUGAUUACAGCCUACCUGGUGGCUUUUCAACAAAAGUUCCUGAAGGAGAAUACUCCCUUCCCAUGCAAGCAGUAACUCCUACUGGCCUAACUGCCGCACCAGAAGCUUACCUAACAGAGGAUACUCCAAAAUCUAAAAGAGGCCGCCCUCCCAAAAGAAAGGCAUCUGGGUCUCAAAGUUCUUCUGAUACACCACAGAGUGCUAGAUCUACUAGAAAGAAACAAAAGCCUGAUUAUCAAGAUGUAGAGGUUGGUGCACAGUCUGACCAACAACUAACUGAUACGCAACCCAUGAAGGACACUUCUGGUGAGCUCAAAACUAGUCCAGAGGUCCCUCUACAGGGUGACCCAGCUACAAUAAGUGCCUUACUGGGUGACACAACAUUAGGGGACACUUCUAAGUCAAUCCUACAACAGGAAGGGGAGACUCUCCACACUGGUACAAGAGUAAUGGCCAAAUGGAGCGAUGGCAACUAUUAUCCUGGACGGAUUGUAUGCUUGGAAAAAUUUGGCAGGUAUUCUGUACUAUUUGAUGACACUACAGAGAGAACGGUGAAGUUGGAUGAUAUGAUAGUGAGAGAGGUUCUAUGUAGAGGGACAAGUGUGAUGGCCCAAUCAGAGGAUGAUUAUUGGGAUAGUGGUAUCAUUACUGACCACAUACGUGAGAAAGAUGACGUCAUUUACAUCAUAGAGCUUGACAUUGGUGGUAUUAUUAAAAGAUACAAGAGAUGUGAUGUAAUGUUGAGCAAGGACCAAGCUGCUAACCUGGCAGAUACUUCAAUAUCAACAGGCUCCAGUUCCAGUAGUGCAGCGAGCAGUACAAGCAUCUCAUUGGAUAAUCUGGUGGAUGGACCCAGAAGACGUGCCAAACCAGAUCUGUCAUCUCCAGCUCCUGUCACUAGAGGGAGUAGCAAGAAGAAAGCGCCACCUGGUGAAGAGUUGAGUGUGAGUGGUAGGAAACGUCUGCUUGCAGAUGUUGAGCCACGCGCCACCAGUACACCCACCCCUAACAAGAAAAAAGACCUCACUACUCCUGGAGGAGCAUCUGCAGCCCCCAGCCCAUUGAAAGGCAAGAGCCACCUGUUUAGUCCAGCUCUGAGGAAAUCUCCCCGCAAAGCUGUUAAACAAGCAUUGUUCAUAGAGCAGACAAAAGGUCCAAUACCAGAGGCUGGUUGUGAUAUAUUCUCAGGCUGCGUCUUCUUACUAACUCAUGUAGUACGCAGUGAGGACCAGAAGAGAGCUGAAAGAAAGCUUCACACACAGAGACUUGAUACAUCCACUACAGAUGAUAGCGCUGAAGAAGAGACAGAUCAGCCACCAUUUGACAAGGAACAUCUCACAAAGCAGAUCCAGGCAGGAGGGGGAACUGUACUACAUAAAUUCAACAUAUCAAAGUUGCAGAAAGGAAAUUGUUAUCUGAUAUCUGAUAUGUACCAGCGGACCAUGAAGUUCCUUCAUUGUUUAGCUGCAGGCAUCCCUUGUGUCUCUCACGUCUGGAUCAGAGACUGUUGCAUUAUGAAAAAACGCCAAGACUUCAAAUCAUACAUGCUCCCUGCUGGUGUAAGCCUUGAAAAUAACAGAAUUAUUGAAUGGAGUGAGAGGGGCAAUUCUGACCUGACUGGUAUGCAAAUCAAGUUAGCAUCCAACAAUCAAUUGUUCAAAGAGAGCUGGGCCCCUAUACUCGUCACUUCAGGGGCUUAUUUGGUUCAGAAACUUCCCAGUUCUGGCAGUUCCACCCCAGAUGGUACUGCACAGUUUGACGUGGUUGUAGCUGACGAGAGCUGCCCCGCAAGUGCCCUAAAGAAGGCCAAGGACAGGGAGAUCCCUAUAGUGUCUUCUGAAUGGAUCAUUCAGUGCCUUAUUAAUGGCAGGAGGAUGCCAUAUGAUGCACAUCCUAAGUUCCAACAUGAUUACACAGAUGCAACUUGAAGUGACAAUGUUUGGAUUUUUCAAUGCUCUAUGGUAAUACAAAUCAUGGGUAUGGUAGUAUGUAUAUAAGAGAUUAUAGACACUCACUUAACCCACCACACCAUGUGCUACUCAUAUGCCUAAUGAUACCAUGAUUUGACAAUAUGGAAUAUGUGAGGUACAGAUAUAUCGGCCUAAUUAUAUGAGGCAGGGAUGACUCUUGUUAUACGAAGAAGAGCUCUAAAUGUAU